CAGGAGGAGCAGCAGGAGCAGCAGCAGGAACAGCAGGAGGAGGAGGAGGGGGGCCAGGGGACACGAUCGGAGCUGCGUCUCAGAGUUGCUGCCGCGGCCCCGGGAUUGUGCCGCGGGUGUCGUCGCGAGUGGCGCUGCCCGGCACACACCUGGACCCCCCCCCCCGGCACACACCUGGACCCCCCCGCACCGCGCGCCCCACCGCAGGUGAGGUGCCCAGGUGAGGUGCCCAGGUGAGGUGCCCAGGUGAGGUGCCCAGGUGAGGUGCCCAGGUGAGGUGCCCAGGUGAGGUGCCCAGGUGAAGGUGGUGGCGGCCGUGCCAGGACAAGUGAACGCCGACAGUGCCGCGAACAUGGAGGAGACUCCGGGCAGCGGCUUCCGCUCCGUGGUCGUGCCGCCGCUGCUGCUGCUGGCGCUGCUGCUGCUGCUGCAGGGCGUGCCGGCACGCUGCGCCGCUCCGCGCGAGCGGCCCACGUCCUCGGCGGGCGCGGGAGGCCCAGGGGAGGUCGGCACCAUCGCUGCCGCCGCAGCGCCGGAGCUGCCCAUGGCCGUGUACGAGCAGAAGUACUACCUGCAGAGACUGUUCACGCGCUACGGCCAGGAGGGGCACCUCUCCCUCGACGCCCUGCAGAAGCUGCUCGUCAACCUGGGCAUCGGUGAGAUCCGGGUGCUCGAAGAUCAGGAUGAAGAUCACGAUCACGAUGAAGAUCACGAUCAGGACCACGAUCAGGACGACGAUCAGGACAACGAUCAGGACCAUGACCACGAUCAGGAUCACGACCACGAUCAGGACCAUGACCCCGAUCACGACCGCGAUCGGGACGAGGGCGACGCCGGGCAUCGAGCUGGCCCUGACGGCCUCCCCGGGCCGAUAGACCGCCGCAGGGACGGCUCGUCGAGCGCCGCCGACGGCGCGGGGGACGUCGGGCCACGGACCGCGGCCCCCACGGGCGGCGCCGGGGAUUGGCGAGGGCCCCCGAGAGGCGCGCCGAGAGGCGCCCGCAGCGCCCGGGAGGUGCCCCACGGCCGCGGGGCGUGGGGAGCCGCGGAGAGGCAAAGCCGCACGGCGGUCCAGGACUACCUCGCGUCGCUGGGCUUGUCGGGAGAUCACGGCCACAUUCACGAAGAGUGCAUGAACAUCACCACGCUGCUGUGGAACUACGGCAUGUCGUCGGCUUCCGGCGUCAACCAGGACCAGUUCAUCUUCCUGUGCCCGGCGAUGCUGUACCAGAUCGACAGCCGCGUCUGCGUCAAGCAGCAGCACGACCGCCACGGCAUGAGCGGCGCCGCCACCGCGCCCGACACCGGUGCGGCCGCCUGGGGCUGGGGCUUCUUGGCCAUCACGGCCAUCUCGCUGCUCUCCCUGCUGGCCGCCGCCUUCAUCCCGGCCCUGUCGCCCGACGCGCUGUCCAGCAUCCUGGGCUUCCUGGUGGCGCUGGCCGUCGGGACCUUGAGUGGCGACGCUCUGCUGCACCUGCUCCCUCACGCGCAGGGCGGAGGACACGGCCACGAGCCGGGAGGGGCCGGCGGGGACUGGACGAGCGGCCUGGUCGAGCGGCUGCUGCCGCUGGGCAAGGGGAUGGUGGCGCUCGGAGGCGUCUACCUCAUGUUCCUCCUCGAGAGUCUGCUGCCCCUGCUGCGCGUCCGGCGCGAACAGAAGAAGAGAGAGGCCCGGGAGGCGCGCGAGGGAGGAGAGAAGGAGGCGCCGCCCUGCGAGGAGUUGGAGCUCAAAGUUGACGCAGCGCACCAGUCGGGCGGCGGCCACGCGGAGGAGGUGUCGCGAGAGGACCGGGACCCGGACCGUCGCCACGAGGGCCGUGCCCACGGCGGGGGCCUCGGGCAGCACCGCGGGCACUCGCACGCGCCCCCCGGCGGGGCGGGACACGUCGGCAACAUCGCCUGGAUGGUCAUCAUGGGCGACGGCCUCCACAACUUCACCGACGGCCUCGCAAUCGGGGCGGCGUUCAGCAGCAGCGUCACGGUGGGGCUCAGCACCUCCAUCGCCGUGCUCUGCCACGAGGUCCCCCACGAGCUCGGUGACUUUGCGGUGCUGCUGCGGGCCGGGAUGUCUCUGCGCCGGGCGGUCUGCUACAACCUCCUGUCGGCGCUGCUCGGCUACCUGGGCAUGGCCAUCGGCGUGGCCGUGGGCCGCCACCUCCACUCCUUCACCCUCUGGAUCUUCGCGCUCACCGCGGGCUGCUUCCUCUACGUGGCGCUCGUCAGCAUGCUCCCGGAGCUUCGCGCCGACGGCCGCGGGCCCAGGGGCCUCGGCCACUUCCUGCUGCAGAACGCCGGCCUCCUCCUCGGCUUCGCCAUCAUGUUCCUCAUCGCCCUCUUCGAGGACAGCAUCGCGCUCAGCCUCAGCUUCUAGGCCGCAGCGGCAGCAGGGGCCGGGGAGCGCCCUCGCUUGCACACCGGCAACGCACGUUGUGGUUGUUGUGGUUGUUGUCGUGGUUGUUGUUGUUGUCGUGGUUGUUGUUGUCGGGUGUUACACAUCCCAUCGACCGCACCCCGGCGGUAUCCGAAUGGCCGAGCCCCGUUCGAGCCUCGGACGCAGCAGGCGUCACGUGACGCCUGCUGGGACGCAGAAGGCGUCACGUGACGCCUGCUGGGACGCGGGCGACCGGCGCGUGACUCCGUCGGCGUCCCAGCGGCACGAGGCGCCGCCGCCUCGCGGCGAGAUCGCGGUGGACGCUCAAGAGCAACUUGAGGGAGCGAUUGGUGCGGCACGCGGCGAGAGAGUGGGGCUCGCUCGCUCGCUCGCGGGGAGCGGCGCGCCACAUGCUGCCAUCUCCGUUGCCCUUCAUCUCACCGGCUGAGCCCAACCACCUGACCUUUGAACCCUGUGUUCCCUUGGAGGUCUGUGAGCACGUGGAAGUGUGUGUGAGUGCGCGUCCACGUGAGUUUGUGUGAGUGCGCGUCCACGUGAGUUUGUGUGAGUGCGCGUGUGUGAGUGCGUGAGUGCGUGAGCACGUGCACGAGCGUGUGAGCGCGCAUGUGAAUAUGUGCCCACGUGGAGAGCGGUGGCGCAGUGGUUAGCGCGCUGCGCUACGAUCCCAGCGACUCGAGUACGAUUCUCGCUCACGACCGACAACGGUGGUGAAAAUUUUGUCCGUCCUGGGCCUCCCCUAGGUCGACUCAACUUUAAACGCAAACCCGGUGCGGUGUGUAAACAUCAGCACUGGUGCUGGCCUCACCACCUCCUUGCGUGCCGAUCCGGCUUUAAUAGGUGCUCGCUAACAGCAUUUGCCCCAGCAGUCUGUGAAAGGCUGUACGGGCAUCUCUGUCUCUCUCUUGUGUGUGCACCUGACAGUAUUUGGGGUGCUGCAGUUGCUGUCAAAUCGCGGCAACCCGUUCCUUUUAGCCUCGCCGAGAAAAUUGUUUACGUAACAUUUUAUGCAGCUGAGCAGUAUCAUUAUAUUGAAGAUAAUGGUGAAGUAUCACGUUUAAUUUAGCUUAAUGAUGCCAUCACUUGUUAAGUAUUAAUGUUAACAUUGCUAUUCCAAGAUUGUGGUCGUGAGAUUUACACACAAACAGAAAAGCCAUGGUGUUUUUAUAUUGUCCUUAACUCAAUUCAAAAUAAUUCAAUUCACAAUGUUUACCGUCUAUGUUACGCUGAUUAUAAUGAGUCAUUGCUGUCUUUUAGAUGCAGCGGAUAUGUACCUGGGCCUGAUGCCUAAGACAAUUAAAACUCAAUGACGCGUCACGUA